AUGCGUUUCGAAUACUCCAACUUAGCACUCUUUGCCGGGAUUUCUCUGGCAACCUCUUUCCCCAACACUACAACCUUCGAGCGGGAGACGCGCAGCCUUGAUGAGAUUUAUCAGGCAGCUUUGGCCGAAGGUGGCGUUGUCACUCUUUGGCAUGGCGGCGAUGAGAAGACUCAGCAGAACAGUUUGAAGAGUGCCUUUGAGGCACGUUUCCCUAACAUGACGCUCAAUGUCACUGUCGACCUAUCGAAGUACCAUGAUAUCAACCUUGAUGCACAACUCGCUGCCGACAAUAUUUACGUCGACAGCAUCAUUCUGCAGACGCUCCACGACUACCCACGCUGGAAGAAGCAAGGCGCUUUGAUGAACUACGCACCAUUGAACUUCGACAAGAUCUAUCCUGUGUUCAAGGACGCAGACGCGGCUUACAGUGGACUGCUUAUUUUUGAUUGGGGCAUCUCUGCAAACAUGAACAAGACGAGCACCAUGCCGACUUCGUACCAAGACUUCACCAAACCCGAAUAUAAAGAUAAGAUCGUUCUGACCUACCCUAACGACGAUGAUGCCGUUUUGUACCAGUUCGAACUGAUGCGCGUUCCUCCCCCCAAUCAUCAAGAGCUCGGUCAGGAAUGGUUCGACGCCCUGCUCGCCAACAACCCUCGCUGGGUGCGCGGUACGGCAACUCCCGGCACGCUCAUCAAGGCUGCCAACAGCAGUAGCGCGGUGACCUUCACCUCGGGGUUCUCAUUCGCAGACCGGCCACCAGUCAAAUAUGCGCUCCCUAGCGAUGCCAAAUUUGUCUCUUGGGCUCAGACCGGCGCAAUCUUGAAAAAAGCACCCCAUCCUGAAGGCGCAAAGCUGCUCCACAGUUUCAUGCUCAGCGACGAGAACCAAUCUAGCCGUGGCUGGAGUGUUCGUGAGGAUAUCCCGGCACCGGAAGGCGCCGAGACAAUCCUUGAGCAGCCCGGUACGGAUGCGCCUGCGUUUGCUCAGUUCAUGGCAGACCGUGGACAUGUUGAGAGGCGGAGGGACUUCUACGAGGAGAGGAUAGGUACUGCGCAGGGCCUUAGCCCGCUCAUUGAUGACUUGUGA